UGCUUCACUUUAGUUGAAAGAAGUUCAUUCACAAGAGAAAGUAGUACGGUACUAACUCUCUCCUAAGUCCUAGUAACCUGAAAAACCCUUCAAACAAACCAUGUCUAGCAGUGAUGAUUUUAAACUCUAUGAUUGUGGCACGUUACUCCUCAACGUCACCACCUCCAGCUUCACUAAAGCUCAAAGGCGUUGGCGCAUUGCCUGUGCAGCGAUAUAUUCUGUUCGGGUAAUGGUUUCUCUUGCUAAAGAGAUGAUUUCCAAAAGAGGUAACGAACCAGCCUCUGUGAUCUCGUACUCACAACCUUACGUUGUCCUUGAUAUUGAACCAUCGAGCUCUCAACAUUGGGGUGAAAACAUUUUAACUUCCUCCUUUGCUCCGAAAAUUGAUAAAAAACAGCUCGUAAAUACUGUGAAAGAAAAAGACUUGGUUUCUCUCCGCCAGCUUGGAGGAGUUGAAGGCGUUGCUGCUGCUCUUUGCACAAAUCCAGAAAAUGGAAUCCGGGAUGAUGAUCAAGAGGUUAUAAAAAGGCAAGAGAUGUUCGGUACCAAUACCUACCACAAGCCACCUCCAAAAGGGUUAUUAUACUUCGUCCUGGAUGCUGCCAAAGACACCAUAAUUCUUAUACUCCUGGUAUGUGCUGCUCUUUCUCUUGGUUUUGGUAUCAAAGAACAUGGCGCUGAAGAGGGUUGGUAUGAAGGUGGAAGUAUUUUUGUUGCAGUCUUUCUUGUGAUUGCUGUAUCUGCACUCAGUAACUUCAGACAGGAGACUCAAUUUGACAAGUUAUCAAAAAUAAGUAACAACAUCAAAGUUGAAGUUGUUAGAGGUGGUCGUCGUCAACAAAUAUCUAUAUUUGAUCUUGUUGUUGGAGAUGUCGUCUUCCUGAAGAUAGGAGAUCAAAUUCCAGCAGAUGGGCUCUUCUUGGAUGGAUAUUCACUACAAGUGGACGAAUCAAGCAUGACGGGCGAGAGUGACCACGUGGAAGUAGAUACCACCAGGAACCCAUUCCUUUUUUCUGGUUCAAAGGUGGCAGAUGGAUAUGCUCAAAUGCUUGUAGCAUCCGUGGGAAUGGACACUGCAUGGGGUGAAAUGAUGAGCUCAAUAACCAGUGAUAAAAAUGAAAGAACACCACUGCAAGCUCGACUGGACAAACUAACCUCUUCUAUCGGGAAGAUAGGUCUUGCAGUUGCCUUUCUAGUUCUUGUAGUCUUAUUAAUUCGUUAUUUCACUGGGAAUACAAAAGAUGACAAUGGGAACACGGAGUACAUCGGUACCAAGACCGAUGUAGACAAUAUAUUAAAUGCGGUUGUUCGUAUAGUUGCUGCUGCAGUAACUAUUGUGGUUGUGGCAAUCCCAGAAGGUCUACCACUGGCUGUCACUCUUACACUUGCCUACUCAAUGAAGAGAAUGAUGGCUGAUCAGGCAAUGGUCAGAAAACUUUCAGCCUGUGAAACAAUGGGCUCAGCUACAGUUAUUUGUACUGAUAAAACUGGCACCUUGACACUAAAUCAGAUGCAAGUAACCCAGUUUUGGCUCGGCCAAGAGUCCAUUGAGGAAGAUCUUUCCAACAUCAUUGACCCAGGUGUUCUUGACUUAUUAUACCAAGGAGUUGGUUUGAACACAACUGGUAGCGUUUGCAAACCCGUCUCUGGAUCGCUACCUGAGUUUUCUGGCAGCCCAACCGAAAAGGCAAUUCUCUCGUGGGCUGUCUUACGUUUGGGUAUGGAUAUGGAAAAAUUGAAGCAAAAAUACAGCAUCCUCCAUGUUGAAACCUUCAACUCGGAGAAAAAGCGGAGUGGGGUUUCAGUAAGGAAAAGGGCUGAUGAAACUAUUCACGUACACUGGAAAGGAGCUGCAGAGAUGAUUGUGGCUAUGUGUUCACAAUAUUACGAGAGUAAUGGGAUCAUCACGUCCAUGAAUGAAGACAGAAGGAGCAGAAUCGAAAAGAUAAUCCAAAGCAUGGCGGCUAGCAGCCUACGAUGCAUUGCUUUUGCUCAUAAGCAAGUUUCAGGAGAAGAAAUGGAAUAUGAUGGUGAUAGCGGAAAGACUCAUCAAAGAAUGAACGAAGAGGGUUUAACCUUACUAGGGAUAGUUGGUUUGAAGGAUCCAUGUCGCCAAGAGGUUAAGAAAGCCGUGGAAGCUUGCCAAUCUGCAGGGGUGGGCAUCAAAAUGAUCACUGGAGACAAUCUUUUCACAGCAAAAGCUAUAGCUACAGAGUGCGGAAUUCUAGGACCAGAUUACCGCGAAGAAAGUGGAGAAGUUGUAGAAGGUAUUGAAUUUCGAAACUAUACACCUGAUGAGAGAAUGGAGAAGGUAGACAAGAUCCGAGUGAUGGCAAGGUCCUCUCCGUUUGACAAGCUAUUGAUGGUACAGUGCUUGAAACAGAAAGGUCAUGUUGUCGCGGUCACAGGGGAUGGCACUAAUGACGCUCCUGCAUUAAAAGAAGCCGAUAUUGGACUUUCAAUGGGCAUUCAAGGCACUGAGGUGGCCAAGGAGAGCUCAGACAUUAUCAUCUUGGAUGACAAUUUUAGCUCAGUUGCGACAGUUUUAAGAUGGGGAAGAUGUGUUUACAACAACAUUCAAAAGUUCAUUCAAUUUCAGCUUACCGUCAAUGUUGCAGCUCUUGUAAUUAACUUCAUUGCAGCAGUUUCUGCUGGUGAGGUUCCCUUGACAGCAGUUCAAUUGCUUUGGGUAAACCUCAUCAUGGACACUUUGGGUGCUCUAGCCCUCGCUACAGAUAGGCCAACUAAGGAGCUAAUGCAGAAGCCACCUGUCGGUCGAACUGAGCCCCUCAUUACUAAUAUUAUGUGGAGGAAUCUUUUAGCCCAAGCCCUAUACCAGAUAGCUGUUCUCUUGAUCCUAGAAUUUAGGGGUGAAUCUAUAUUCAAUGUGUCUGAGAGAGUAAAGGAGACACUGAUUUUCAAUACUUUCGUUCUGUGUCAAGUUUUUAAUGAGUUCAAUGCAAGGAAGUUGGAGAAGCAAAAUGUUUUCGAAGGCAUUCUUACAAACAAAUUAUUUCUGGGAAUUGUGGGGAUAACUAUCAUUCUUCAGGUGGUUAUGGUGGAAUUUUUAAAGAAGUUUGCAGAUACAGAGAAGUUGAAACUAUGGCAGUGGGGAGUUUGUAUCGUACUUGCAGCUUUCUCAUGGCCAAUUGCAUGGUUCGUGAAGCUCAUACCUGUUCCAGACAAACCCUUCUUCAGUUACCUCAAGAGGUCAAGAAUCAUAUUCACAAUUGUGAAGCAAGCUAUCUACCACAGGAGACCUUCAUCCUGCAUACUUGGAACUGGAUGUGGAAUAAGGUAAGACUCAGGACGUGGCUAUCAGAAUCACAACAGUGGCAAGCCUAACAAAGAAGGACAACAGAGUGAGAUCGUAAUUCUAGACGUUUUACAUUUUUAAUCUUGUUUCUUCUUGACCCCUUUUCUUGUCUGCACUAUCAAUUUUGUUAAUAAUAAAAUAUCAAGAAAAAGAAAGAUUAGAAAUAGAAAACAGAAGAGAUCACUCCUGAUCGAGCCAAGCAUUCCACAAGUAGCUAAGCAACUUUGGAACAAAAAGAUUUGUUCACUGUGAUAAAGCUCCACAACUUGAAUGGUCUACCAUUUAGCUCAGUGUCGUCACUCUCUUGGUUGCCAAGACAAAACCAGAAGGGAAGAAGGGAUAGGCUCUUCCUGUUUUAACACCUGAUUGUCCUAAAGACACCAGGCAAGCUACUGACUUCUUAUAUAAAAUAUAUGCCUUGGAACCAUUGGGUCCCGGAUUCAAUCUCAACUUAUGUUGUUGACUCUAACUUUACCUUGGAUUUCUCCAGCUACAUGUCGAUUGCUAGUUUAUUCUUCUUUAAAGAUUUAUUCGGUUCACUCCUUUGUAAGAGUUUUGACACAGGAUGAUCUGUGCUAACAUUGUACUUCUAUUCUCAUAAAAAAAGUUCCCCACAUGAGUGUCUUCAAUUAUUCUACUAUCAAGCAUUUGAAAUUUGCAAUCUUGUAUUCAUGUGGUGAAGCUGAGAAGGGAGUAAAACUUUUGUCCCAAUUUUCUGUGCACACAAAGAGGAAAAAGUUUGUACUAGUUCCACUUUAAAACUUGGUGGUUUUUCUUAUUAAGGGACAAAUUAUGGUGCAUAUCUGUUUGAUUGCUAUGUUUUUUUUUUCUAAAAUGAUAGUUCUAUCCUGGAAUAUUGAGCAUCUAUACUAUAUAUCUCUUAGCACUAAGGGAAACAAAAAGCUUCUGUACUUCAAUGGAAAAAAAUAUUGUAAUGGCAAACACUGACACAUGACAUUUCAAAUAUUAGGCAAAGGAAUGUCUAAAGCAGACCAAUUGCCACGGUUUAAAGUCCCCAAAUAAAUACAUAUGGGCAUAGAGCGAUCAUACAGUGAAUUUUCCAUUCUCCAUUGAAAAUCCAUGUCCAAAUGCUUAUGGUCAUUGGAUGAAGGUUAAUAAGGUGGUCCAGCAGCCUAACAACAAGUUCCUUCACAGAAGGUCAUGGUGCUAGAGGGGAAGAGUGUAUUACCAAAAAAAAAAAAAAAAAAAAAAA